AUGGCUUCUACGUCGUGGCAGCGUGCCACCAAGUUCCGAGAACACCUUUCAUUUAUCUCCACUGACCAUCGCCCGAACAACAAUGCGCACUUGAAAUCUCAAUUCUCUGUCAGCUCUGUUUCGACUUCCCCACCACCAGAGGAUCCUGAGCCCCCAGUUCGACCUGUUCAAAUCGUCAAUACACCGCCACCGAUUAAGAGCAAUUGGGCCAAGAGUGGCUCAGCUGUUGACAUUGAGCGUGGCGUGCCAGAACGCGAGUCAAAUCGACGACCAUGGAAAUCGAGAUUCUCUUUCUGGCGGUCAACGUCAGCGCAUCCCGAUCACUCUCCGUUAUCCCCGAUAGUCCUACGUCAGUGGGAUCAUUUGAACGUCCCCUAUAGGGUUCCUCCCCGCCAGGAAAAACAUGCUCAUAAGGAGCAGAAAAGCAGCGGGAGAUGUUGGAUAAUAAUCCUCAUUAUUAUCAUUAUUUUCCUCCUCGGAAACUCUGUCUUUUUGAACAUACGCGUUCUCAAUGUGCAACCGCCUACUCCAACAACGACCGUUUCUCCUACCCCGACUUCCACCGCUGCACCUACGUCUACGAGUGUCUCCCAACAAGUGCUUGACUGCUUAUCCCAGUUCAAGUUGAAUGCUGGGAACAAUCCCACUUCCUAUCCUUGCUCAUCUUGUGCUCCGGUCCUUGGUGGAAUCCCUAAUGACCUGAUACCUAGCGUAAAGAACCCUCCAGUAACGGGGCAGGGGAACGUUUUGCAGUUCUGUGCUCUCAGUGAUCUCGUUGCCGCCACGUCCAAUAACACGCUUCAAAAUGUCGGUUGGCUGAAGGAUACUAAAUUUUGCUCGUGGAGUGGAUUGAGCUGUGACUCUGCAGGUCGAGUCAAUUCUAUGACACUUGUUUUUCCUGGCGUACCUGCUACAUUGCCAGGUACCCUAUCCUCACUGAUAGGCCUGCAGACCCUGUCGAUCACGGGUGAUUCGAAUAUACCCAGUGGUCAAGUACAAACCGGCGUACUUUCUUUGCCCUCGCUACAGUCUAUUACCUUACAAUCGACCGGCCUCACAGGCCCUAUGCCAGACAACCUAUUUUCCACGUCUUCGAAUUUGACGACGCUAACGUUAGCCUCAAACGGGAAGCUGGGACAAUCGCUGCCUUCGAGUCUUUUCAACUUGUCAUUAUCUUCUUUAAUCGUCACCUCCCAAUCUCUUACAAUGUCUCUUGCACCUAUUUCCUCCUCUCCCACACUCUCCAACUCAUUGCAUACCCUUUCCUUAUCAACCAACUCCAUCACGGGCUCCAUACCGUCCCUCAACUCGUUCAACAACCUCGUCGAGCUCCAUUUAGAUAAUAACCAAUUAACGUCCAUCCCCUCGUCGUUCCCGCCUCGCUCCAGACACUUACGCUGGAAGGGAACAAUGGCUUGA